UGUUUGUUGUUGCUUAAUGCUCCCUCUUCUUAAUCUAAUAAUCUCUCCCUUGCUCUCUCUCUCUCUCUCUCUCUCUCUCUAUUUAUAUAAAACGGGGGUUCUCUUUGCUGGGCUCUUUCUUUUCGUUUUGACGCCCAAUCAAUCAAAUUCGUGAGCUUUGUGGGAUUUAAGGUUUCAUCAUAUGAGAUUGGAUUCCAAUUCUGCAAAGUGGGUAUUUAUUAUGCAUCUGUAGUUUUAUUUUCUUGGGUUGGUGCUUGGUGCUUGGUGCUUGGUGCUUGUUGCUUGUUGCUUGUUGCUUGUUGCUAGCAGAGGUCAUAUCCAAGCAAUUGGGAUGGGGAAUGUGAAUGGGAGAGAAGAUGGUGGUGGAAGCCCCUCUGCGGCCGAGGAAGACAGCGGUGCCGCCGGCAUCUUGCAGGAGGGCCCUGCCCACGGCGGCCGUCUUGUUCAUGGCUCCGCUGAGUUGAUGGGUCAAUCACCUCCUCAUAGCCCUAGGGCCACUCACUCCCCUUUGAUGUUCACUCCCCAAGUCCCUGUGGUUCCCUUACAAAGACCAGAUGAGAUACAAAUCCCAAACAACUCGUGGAUGCAAACGUCGGGGUUUGAAGACAUGUGCUGUGAGCAAGGAAUUCCGACUAUGAUUACAUGGAGCUAUGGUGGGAAGGAUGUAGCUGUGGAGGGAUCAUGGGAUAAUUGGAAGACAAGAUUGGCUUUACAGAGAUCAGGAAAGGACUUCACUAUUAUGAAAGUACUGCCAUCCGGUGUUUACCAAUAUAGGUUUAUUGUUGAUGGGCAGUGGAGGUGUUCUCCUGACUUGCCCUUGGCCCAAGAUGAUGCUGGCAAUUCUUACAACCUUUUGGACUUGCAGGAUUACGUUCCAGAAGACAUCGGAAGCAUUUCCGGCUUUGAACCUCCCCAGUCGCCGGACUCAAGUUAUAACAACCUGCAGCUUGGAUCUGAAGAUUUUGCGAAGGAGCCCCCAUCGGUUCCUCCACACCUACAAAUGACACUGUUGAAUGCACCUUCAUCUUACAUGGAGAUGCCGCCUCCUUUGUCAAGACCUCAACAUGUGGUACUCAAUCAUCUUUACAUGCAGAGAGGGAAGAGUGGACCAUCUGUAGUGGCACUCGGGACAACAGAGAGGUUUAUAGCGAAGUAUGUUACAGUGGUUCUCUACAAGUCCUUGCAGAGAUAAAAGAGAAAAGAAAAAAAAACACACAAAGUGUCUGCCUGGACUCCACGGAUCCCAUUAUGUAGUUAGCUUUAUAUGAAUUUCAGAGUCAAAUGCCAUUUUCGUGGCGUCGGUUAUGUUGAGGAAGGAUUUGUAUUUUCACACAAUUCCAUUGCUUAAUGACCAUUGAUCCAUCUUCUUUUGCAUACUUAA